CUUGUCUUUGAUUAUCGAUCUUUUUUGACAUUCUCUUGUUUGAUUCUCUCACUCAACUUUGCUCUGUUCUCGCUCGCCGAUUUGUACCGUCGUUUACCCCGUGGUAGUGUAAAUCUUUUUUGUAAUUUCUAUUCUGUCAAGUUUUCUGCAGAGGCAUAGUUAAUCAGGAUGGCCAACGUCUCCCUGGCACAGGUUGUGCUGCGGAAUGCCCUCCGCACCAAGGUCGGUGUCCGGCAGACGCAUGAUCUCAUUGUACAGAAAAUAGGCAAGCGUGAAAUCGUCGGUUACGGCUGGAAUGGUUUGCCGGUUUACGCUGAUCGUGUAGAUUACCCGAUGCCACCAAUCCGUUUCAAGGAACCAACGCCCGAUGUUUUGGCUCUCCGUGAAAAGGAGAAGGGCGACUGGAAGAAGCUCUCCAUUCAGGAGAAAAAAGCUUUAUACCGGGCAUCAUUCUGUCAAACUUUCUCCGAAAUGAAGUAUCCAACCGGAGAGUGGAAGAUGUGCCUCGGGUUUAGUCUGAUAGUAAUUUCGAUGAGCAUUGCCACUAUGCUAAUGUUGAAGGCGUUUGUUUACGACGAUAUUCCGGUCACCUUCGACGACGAGCACCAGAAGGCUCAGCUCAAGCGUAUGCUUGACCUUGGCGUCGGCAAUAUCAAUGGGCUUUCGUCCAAGUGGGACUACGAGAACAACAAGUGGAAGUAAACACUUGCUCUGCAGAGUAUUAGUUGGUAACUGUGUACUAUAAUUGUCCGGCGAUGCUGGCAACUGGGGAACGGAAUUCGGCUCGAAUCCGUUUUAGAAUUGGCUAUUAAAUGACGAAACUAAUAAACUUAAUUUCUUCAGAUGUAAA